UUUUCAAAAUUUAUUAAUCGAUCAAUCUCCUUCGAGCCUUCGCCCUUUUCCAUCUAAACGACUGGCAAAGUACCUUGUGCCCAGUUGGCACAAAUAAAAUCCAUAUAAAGAAGACAAAAAAAAAUCAUAGUAAAAAAAAUGCUUACACCAGCGCUCCGCUCCAGUUGCCAGUUAAUGCACUUAGCACUAUAGUGAAUAUUACUGAAUAGUGAUUCUACAUACAACUAGUCUCUAAUUCAUCUGUGCCAUGUUGCUAAAAAUUAAAAUGUAUUUAACGUAAACAAAUUUAAUUGAUUAAACAAUUAAAAAGUGUUGUACAAGUACUACAUUAAACAUGGAAGAAGGUAAUUCAAUUAUCUACGGAUUAGAAUAUCAGACAAGAGCGUUAUCACCGCAAUACGAAAGUGAUGCCAUUAGAUUUUUUAUUGGCACGCAGAGUUUAAAACCGCAGACAAAUCAGGUUCAUGUAGUAGAGCUUGAGGAAGAUACCGGAGCUCUUCACACUAAGGUGUAUAAACAUGAUAUUGGUGAAAUCUGGCACUUGCGUUGCUCACCCCAUGAUGCAGCAACCUUGAUGACAACUCACAACUCUUAUGAUAGAGAAAACUCUCAAUGCAGCAUGGGGGUGUCAAUCUUUAAGCUACCAACUUUGGAUGUAAUACCAAAAGACAUAGAUGAACUCAGUGCAAUGCAGAGUCAGAAUGCAGAAGAAAUGGAACUACUCACUACAAUUAAUCCUGAGAAACCAGAAGAAGAGAUCCGAUACUCAGAAUGGCAUCCAACAGACACUAAUUGCAUUAGUAUUGUCAUGGAUGGUAGUGUGUCUGUGCGUGAUAUUACUACUACUCAAGGUUAUAAUAUCACACCAGAAGGGCGUACUAGACUCAAAUUUACUGGUGGGAAAUGGAGUCCCCAGGCGGCACACCAGUUUGCAGUACUGCAAGAUACUCAUAUAAAAUGUUUUGACACUCGGGCAGACUGCAAACCUGUGUGGGGAAUUGACAAUGCCCAUAGACAACUAGCUCGAGAUCUAGACUUCAAUCCAAACAGACAAUUUCAGUUGGCGACAGUAGGUGAUGAUGCUGCACUCAACAUAUGGGACUACAGAAAUCCAAAAGAACCCAUUUUCAGUAGAACUGAUCAUUCUCAUUGGGUUUGGACUGUACGUUACAACACAUACCAUGAGCAAUUACUUGUAACAGGCAGUUCCGAUGGAAGGGCAUUGCUUACGGCUGCUGCUAGUAUCUGCGAUACUGAUGAUGACAAGAAACUUAGUCAAGUUCUAGAAGAUGGUGUCCUUCAGUCAUAUGAACAACAUGAAGAUUCAGUAUAUUGUGUUGAGUGGAGUACUGCUGAGCCUUGGACCUUUGCCUCACUUAGUUAUGAUGCAAGAUUAGUCCUGUCACGGGUCCCACGACAUUUUAAAUAUAAGAUUUUACUAUAGAAUACAUAAAGUAAUAAAAGAUUAUUAUGAAUUUAAUAAAUAAUUUUUUAAAACCUC